AUGCUCAAUGCACAUAUGAGUGCUGGAAUGACGGUGCAGUUGCCAAAAAUCAAAAGAAGAGGCACAGUCAAGAGAUAUGUUAAUGCAAACAUUGACAAGCUCCUUUCCAGACUGCCUCUUGAAUCAGAUGAAAUGGAAGUGGCUGAGGAUUCCAGACUUAAUCCUUGCAUUAUCUGCUUUUCAAACAGGGAUCAACUUUCCUACACAUCUUGCUGCUCUCAGCCAAUGCACCAGGAAUGUCGGCUGAGCACUGUAAUUAGUUGCCCACAUUGCAGGGCUGCUGAAUUUGAGCUUCAAGAGAGACUCCAUUUGACCCAAACAGAGCAUUUAGCUAAGCCUGGACUCUUAAGCUAA